AUGGUGGACGAAAAGGAGGUUGAGGGGGAAACCCUUACUGCUGGUGAUGAUGGUGAGAAGAGGGACACCCCUAUAUCUGGUAAUGAGGUCGAGGGGGAAACCCCUGUUGUCUCUGGAGUUGGUGAGGGGGAAACCCCAGUUGAAUCUGAUGAGGGGGAAACCCUUGUUCAUGGUGGUCUGGAGGGGGAAACCCCGAUUGUGUUUACUGAGGGGGAAACCCCUAUUGUUAAAAAUUAUGAGGGGGAAACCCUGAGAGCCAGACGGAUGGCCAGGAGAAGCUUGGUGGAUGAGGCGGACGAGCCUACCCACCCGAGAAGAUUGGAGUUCCGUGCCCCAGGGGCAGGAGUCGAGAUGGAGAAUGAAACUCCAGGGUCUGGGAAUGAGCUGAAGGACGCGGAGGAAAGACGCUUGGCCGCUGAGCGUAAGCGUAAGGGUAAGCAUGCUGCUACCAUCCCGCCUAAGAGGUCGAGGAAAGCUCCCUCUGUCGAGCGAGUUGAGGAACCACUUACCGCAGCCACUAAGGUCCCCUACGCUAAGGAGUUUAAAGGACCCAGCCCAGACAGUGAGCCAAAAGAAGAAGAAGAUGAGGAGCAAGAAGAGGAGCUCAACUACGAGAGGGCCGAGGUUUGGAUAACCAAGAAGCUGCUAAAGGAGAUGGGCGAGUUUGACAACCCACGGAGGGCACAAACGUACAAGGAACGAAGCGCCCCUGGGAAGCUGGCCAAGUCUGGGAAACAAUAUGACCCAAAGGCGCUGAGGGAGUUGAGUCGGGCAAGGAAUUCCUCAAGUACAUCAGUGCUAUAG